AUGCUUACUCCACCACAACUGGUGUUGUUGGUGAAUAGUGUGGAACAGCAGAGUUGUAGAAGGAUUUUGUCGGUAAUUUUUCUCCGCUCUCAUCUCGUUGGGAUGGCUGAAACGUCGAGACUGAAAUAAAUACAUCAUCUUCUUUCUUCCUGUAGGUUUUUGGGAUAAAAUGGCUUCACAGCCACCCCAGAGACCACGUCGAAAUGCGUCGCCUGCAUCAAGCUCAAAACUACAACCUAUAAAGGCGACUUUCCCGUUCUCGCUGAUAGCUCAUGGCAAUCCAAGUCCCACUCGUGGGAAUGGACUGCGAAGACCAAGUCCAUCUUCUUCACCGGUCCAUGGCAGUGAAAAUGGUCUCAAACACCGCAGAAGUUCGCCAGAAACACGUGGAUCUCCCGAGCAUCGACGGAGUCCAUCUUCUCCGUCUUCUUCGUCCAGCUCGAAAGGUUAGCUGAGUGACGUGCUUUUGAAAUAAACCCUUUAGACGGGAAAUCAACCUCCGAAGAGCCGCAAUUUAUUGCCAAUAAAUUCUUGACCCGGAUGCCAAGGAUAAAUCCUUAUUUCUAGGUUCACUAUGGUACGCCGUCCAAUUUCGCUUUUCAUCUAUCGGUCAUCUUUUCGCUGUUCAACGUAUUGACCUAUUCUGAAAGCCAUUUCCGUUGUUUCAAAACAGUUUAGGUCGAGCUUAGUAGACAAUUGAUAAAGAAGUUAUAUCAUUUUGUUCGCAGGUGAAAGAAGCAAAAUUACAAAAAGUAAUUCAGUUUCCGCAAUAAGAAGGACCUCGUCAUUAGACGCCAUUUCUCCUUAUAUGAGUGGACAGUGGCCGAAAGAGGUUGGAAGUUACGGGCCGAGUAUGUGCCACAAAUCAACACAGGUUAGUUAGGUACCGCGCUAUUAAUAAAACAUUUCUUAAAAACUGCAAAAUCUAGGCUAAUUUAGAGUAAGAAAAGCAGAAACAAGUAAUUCACAAAGGAAUAAACUAAGCUUAAGUAAAUUUAAUUGCCUUUUGGUUCACUUAUUGAACCUCGGCCAUGACAACGAGUUUAAUUCCCAAGCAACUCUGAAAUUUGAUGAUCUAAGCUGUAAAUUAAGUUUGUUUUAACUCGCAUGAUGGAGUCCGCUUGACAGGGAACAUUGAACAAAUCUUAACCAGCAAAGCAAAGUCAAAUUUAUUGGCUGUAUAAUUGUAGGAAAGUUUAUUGAAGUUUUUUUACAAAUAAUCAGCUUGAUUUAGGGGUCAAAGAAUCAUCAGUAAAAGUUUUUCAUGUUUAUUGUAACUGGUACUUGCAGUGCUGGCUGUAUUAAGAUGCUGCAGUAGCAGAAUGGUGGAAAAAUCUUAAAAACUAUACUCUGCUUCCUAAAAGUUUGAUGAGGAGCAGUGUUACCUGGAUGUUACAAAGGAACGUACUGGUGAUAUUUGGAUAAUGACUGAGCCUUCUCCCCCCUUCUUCGAUGCCCUACCCAUCCCACCCUGCAAGUGAAAAUCCAGUUUAUCAUGCUCCUGUAUUGGAAAUAAAAAAUGCAUGUUUUUGAAAGGGAGUCCUUGAGAUAAUUUAUGGAGGUAGUUGAAAAUAGCCGAAUGAUUCAGACUCUGCGGACUUAUUUACUUGGCCUGUUUUCUUGUGUUCAAGUUUGACUUGGUCUAGUGAAGAUAGGGUGGGGUAAUCAAUGAAUGUGAAACAAUCAUGGCUCGUUUUCUGUUCAAAAUAUCUGCCUCGUUAUUUCAUUAAAUAAAAUUGUGGACGCUUUCUUUCAUCCACUAGUUCUAGAGAAAGACAGAUGUUAUGGUCAGAGCUCUGGGGGACAGCAAAGCAAGGUUGCUGUAACAGUAUCCCAUAUGUGCAAAUCAACUUGCAAAUUACAGCGUAACAGGGUACAUGAAGAAUCCUCAGUGUAGGCUGUCAGCUCUUGAAAUAAACCAGAGACUUAAAACUCUUUUAUUUGUGAGAUGUUGCGAUGAUUGGCUUGUUAAAAAAUUCAUGGGUAAAACAGGGUGAGGGGAAAUUCAAAAUGCAUUUCCUGUAAUUUGUUGAGUUUGUUGGGGACCGAGAACAAGAUGUUACUUGCCAGCUUUAGAUAACAUCUGUGAUGCUGGGUAGACAAAAUUCAAAUUUUAGUGACAGUAAGUUGUAUUGUUGUGAUUGUUGUGUAGACACCAGCUUGGGAAGAGAGUGAAAUCGAAGAAAAUUUUGGAACAAGGCACAAGAGAUCGAACUCUUGGGGAAGUGCAGACCAGAAGAUAAAAGAGGUAACUGAUGCACUGAACUAUUCAUGAGCUAAACAUACUGUCAAAUAAUGGAACAGAGAAUUAACCCUGAGUAAAUUUGUUAAGUGCUGAGGCUCCCUUGGAGCAUUAGGCCUAGUACAGGGAAAAGCCCUUAUUAAUGUUUUUGAUGGACAAUCAAAUUUCACCACCAAGCCUAGUUUUGAUAAUUGUAAAGUUGAAAAGUUUUGCAUUAAUGAAUUUGCAAGGCAGUUGCGUUUAAAAAAAAAAAAAACAGGUACAAAGAGUGUAAAUGCUAAGAAUUUUACUUACAAAUGAGGCUUGGUGGUUAGCCUGUGAAAACAGCCAUUUCCUCCUGCUCCUUGCCACUGGGGUCAUUUCAUGAGGCGGAACGUCUAUGACCCAGCGAUGAUGCUUAUGAUGUAAAAUCUGUUCAGAAUCCGGUCAGAAGUGCUGAUCGGUCCACAGAGUAGUUACAUUGUUUUAGCUACUGUUUACAAACGACAGACAAGAGACAAAAGGCAACGAAGGUCAAGUAGAAACUUGAUGAAUUUCUAACAAAACAGUCAUUAUUUGUGGAAUAUAGUCUUCUCUAGAAGAAGCAUUGGGUUUUGCUGGAGCUUGUUUGCAGAUGAACACAACUGUUUACCAAAAUCAACCAGGAGAAAUGUAAAACUGAACAAAUUUGCGUUUGGAACCUCAUGACUACCGGAUUUAUUAUGUAAACGUUGAUUUAGGUCAUCAGUAUGGAAUUUCUGCUGCUGAGACGUAGACAUUCCUCUGCGCAAAAUGUCCCCAGUGGCGAAGAGUGAGGAGAAACGGCUGUUUUUGCAGGCUACGUGGUGGUAGAAUUUGUUCUUCUGAUGGAAUUAUACAUAAUGGCCCUUGGCGAGUUGUGUAAGGAAAUAAUGCUUGUUCAUGUAGGUCAUCCCAAAUUAACAACAGUACAUUGUGUCUUCAAAUGUCAAGUACGUAAUAGUCAAUUUUGAUAUUCCCGAAUGGCCCUGGGAUGAGAGACUUCUUAGUGCAAAGGUUAAUGCGGGAAACUUCUUGGUGCAAACUCAAACGAAAUCAGUGAAUGCCACUGAAUUGCUGGAAACAUUAUAAAUCAUGAAAAUUAUACUAUUUCAAAGUUCAAACCUUACCAGUAAGCUAAAGGGUUAACUGUCUCAAAGAACAAAACUGUGGGAAGAGCUUGUCAUACCAAGAGAAAAAUUAAAAAAUCUGUGAAUCCAAAAGAAGAAUGAGCUUAGAAAUGGUAAAUUGUGUUGAAAUAUGAGUAUUCAAAUUCUUGUAAUUUUCAUACUUCUUUCUAAUAUUAAAUGCUUGGUAAUGUGCAGUAUCUGAUCACUGGAAUGUUUGUUUUUCAGAAAUUAAAACAACAUUUGCAGCGCACAAAGCAAGGGAGUAAAUCCAGUCAGACUUAUGGGCGUCAAUCUCCUCUCCAUGGUGAUCACACAGCCAUUGCUGCAAGCAGACUUCCUCAGUCAAUUCCCAUAUCAAUCCCUUUAGCACCAAGGCAAUCAGAGGGACCGCAGAAGCGAAGCCUGGAGGGGCUAAAUUCUGAAAUUCAGAAACUAGUCCUGACAGACACCCAGUCAGACAGAGUGAGUAUUACAAUAACGGAGCGAUUUCUUGCAUGCUGAUUGGUGGAGAGCUACUUUUUUUCAACUUUAUUAGUAACGUUAGGGAAAAAAUAAUUGUACAUAAUUUGUUCAACACAUGUGAACAACAAUAGUCAGCAAAAUACCCUAAUUACAUUACAUAGUGAAGUAAAAAGAAACCAAAAAAACCUUUUUCUGUGCGCACAAUAUGUAAACGUUUUUUUUUGGUGGAGAGCUAUGUUUGAUAAGAGUACAGACCAUGGAGUUGCCUUGAUGGUGGUGCAAUUUGUUUUUCUCUUUCUCACACACGUGAUUUUCCCUGAAAUCUAAACAGAAAAAAAGUGGAUGUCAAAAUUGUUGAUGUUAUUGUAAAAAACAAAAAGACAGGAAUUUUUUCCAUGGACUGUUUUCUUAUCGACUAUAGAAAUGAUGUCAAAAUAUUCAAAACUUUGCAGUGAAGCCACUCGCUUUUGGCUUAUGGUCACACCUGAGUUUUGAACAUUUAGAUGUCAUUUGGUUGAUAAGAGUGCAGAACAUAGACAAGUGUUGCCGAUUUUUUAAUUGCAUCUCACCUCGUAAUCUUUUGAAGCGAGCCUGACACUGUCGUCACAAAAGUCUGUUAUACUAUGUACGCAAAUAACCUAACAUGUUAUCCAAAGGGUUUGUUCAGCUUAUAUUGAUGUUGGUUCAAUUAAUAUUCCUGAAAGUUUUGUUACAAAAUCUCCGCUGCUGUGAUUUUUGGACUUAUUAAAUGGUCCCUGAAUCUUGUGAUUUUAUUUCAAGUAGAUCUCUUGAUAUUGUUACGCACUGACUUUUAAAACAAGUGAUUUCUAGAGUUAAUUCCUUUUAUUCUUAUUCUGGAAUAUGGUCAAUCGAACAUGUCAAAAGUAAACCCUUUGUUAGGUUGUAUUGUCCCUAUUAAGUCUCAGAGAAGGUAUUGGAUUAAGAUUUAGACAGUGAAGUAUGUGAAGUAUUUGACCUCUCUCCUAGCAAUUUUCGGCUUUUAACAUAAAAUGUCUUCCUUUAGGUAAUUGAUCAUAUACCAGAUGGUCGAAGAGCCCCUGUUGCAGAGGUACUGUCACUGCCAUUUCGUACCGUAGACAUUCAUACCCAGACAACAGCUGAGAGUCAAGAUGCGCAAGACAGUGGGAGUGCAAACAGUAGCAGUAGAAGCCACUCCACAUCACCAACAUAUCCUAUAAUGCCAGGGGCAUCAGAUUCAAGGCCAUCCUCAAGGUGUUCCUCAGGAGGGGCUGGAGAGACUGAGGAGAAUGUGUCUCCUGAGCUUCCUGCUGUAGGGUCUAAGUAUGCUUCGUCUCCCAAACCCAACAAUUCCUACAUGUUUGCAAGAGAACCUCCUGAUGGUGCAGAGAAGGUGACACUUCAUGUUGAAGAUGCUGACAGGUCAGUGCAGUAUACAUGACAAAGUAUUUAUUUCUUAGUAGGUGUCAGCGCUGUCAAUGGGAAGCUUAAGCAAAGCUGUUUUUGAGCGACCUACAUCAAAUGUAUACCUAAAUGCUACCAAUAUUGUAUUGCUUAUACUACAACAUGAGAAAUUUCUGCAAUUUGAUUGGCUUACAGCAGUGGUAUUUCAGCUUAAUUUGAAAUACCCACAUGUGAAAAUUACAAACCUUUUGCGGGUAGUAGUAUAAACAAAUAAUAGCAUAAUUUGUACGUGAUAUUUGGCAUGAAUACCACUCGUGAUAUUUCAAAACUGUCUCAAAUUUCACUCACCUAAAGGCUCGUGAAAUUACAUAUAACAAUUUCGAAAUAUCACUUGUGGUAUUUAUGCCAAAUAUCACUACAAUUCAUGCUAUUACCUAUACUAAUUGUCUUUACUCUUAUCAAGAUGAUUUGUGUGAAAAUUUUGGGUAAAGCCACUGCCCAAGAAUUCAAAAAGUCCUCUUCAGGUUGAUGUGAAUCUCUUGAAAACAUUGUUGUUUAAAGUCCCUAUUCAGAACCAGGCCCUGGGCUUCUAUAAAAGUGACCUUCAGUUACUCUAACAAAAAACAGAAGAAAAAUAGAACCAGAAGAAAUCCCUAGCUGUUUAAUUUCCUUCCUGCUUGUUGUAUUCACUUGGAAACUUGAAAUCUAAGUGACAUUGGACCCUGAUGUAUCUUGAACUGCUUCCUACAAUACCAACCAUUGCAUCUGCAUACAUUGUAUGGUCAUGUUGUGAAAAAAUAUGACCUAAUUUGUAACAAGCAUCAGAGGAUUUGUCCUUGGGUCUUAAAAGUUUGAAUCCAUGCUCAGGUGACCUUUGGCAUCCAUUCAUGAUUAAACACCUCCGUACAUGAUUAAACACAUCCAUACAUGAACACAAUCUUGAUAAUAUUAAAUUACAGUGAUAUACAGCCAAAUAGAGCAUCAUUUUCCAAAGACCAGCAACAUUUAUAUCCAUAGCACUAGUUCAAAUCAUCUUCACUUUAACUCUGUUACAAGACUCUUGCCAUGAAGGCCAAACAUGGCAGCCAGUUGAAAUUCGAUUUUUUAGUGAGAAACCAUGUAACCUUAGGUAACAAUUGCAGCUUUAGGUUGUGUUUUUUUUGUUGUGGUCGAGCCAAGAUACAGCUGACAGUGCCGUUGUGUUGGAAAAUUAAGUAAAAUAGAAAAAUAUUGAUGCGUCUGUUGGCAAAACUUGAACUGCGUUUCUUAUCUCAAGACGUGAACGUGCUCUGUGAAACCAAUGGUGAAUGAUCUUUAAAAGAUGAUCUGUUUUUAGGAAUUAAUGGGCAACCAGAAAAUGGUUUGUCACUUUAUUAAAACGUAUUUUCAAGGCCCAGGAAGACCAAUAAAGAACAUAUCAGGGCUGUUUUCAUCAGUAAAAUUAAGUGAAAGGUAUCAUUAGUGUCCCCUUCUUAAUGAAAGGCAAAAAUAAUAAUAUAAGUUUUUUUGACAAGUUUGUAUAGAGAGUGUAAGUUGUUUUUCUUCUUCUUUUUUUGCUGUUUAAGGGAUGCAACCAAAUUGCUAGUUGGACCUGACAAGACAAAAGUAAAGAUUAUAAACAUAAGUUCAAGAUCAGCGUUCUCUGCAUUUUCUGCACUACCCUCCUACCCCAAGAUGGCCGUCCCUUCUCAUGCAACAGCCAACCAGCAACUUCCACAAGUAGAGGCAUCACAGUAAUGUUCAGAACAGUGUAAAAGGGUGCAGUUGAUUCUCUCUAAGAAACACACUGUUGAGACCACCACGAAGUGUUUGUUCAAAGGGGUAGACUGCCUUAUGCCUUAUAUGAGGGUGAAGAAUAGACAGGGAGAAACAGCAAAUGCUAGCCAUUGUUUUCGGGGUUGUUGGUCUUCUGGAGGUUUCUGCUAAAGGAGAAUCUGCUGGACUAAAUAAGGAGGUUGAAAACUACCAAAGGUGGUGAAACCUUUCAUCUGAGGUUCAUGUACUCAAAAAUAUAAUAAUUUAUUACUUGGUUUACAUUCUGAAGAACAAAAACAGGUUCUUAUUCAUUGUUACCGUGAGCACUCCAGUUGUCCCUCUUCUUUAAGAUUAUUGGUUCUGGUAUGCCUAAAUUAUGAAAAACUCGUACUUUUUAGAAAGGUUUGCCGAGAAUUGAGUGGUUGGGUCCGAUUGUCUUUGUUUUGUGUUGCAAAAAAGAAACAGGUGCUUAAUAUUAUUUAUACAAAAACAGAUUUGUUUUUCUACUGGAUUAAGACAGCUGUAUUAUAUACCCUUUGUUUUCCAUGGUUACAGUGUAGUUGUGUUUGGGAUAUAUGGCCAAGAUGUUGAUAUUUAUAGUGUCUUUUAGAUUUCAAUACAAGUACAACUUUUUAUAGUGCUAGUGUAGUUUUCGAGCCAGUCGUGUUGCUAAACUACUUUAAAUACACCUUCCUCUGGCUGUCCAGCAAGCUGAGACUCAAGAAGCUCUGUCAUGUAUCUGUCAGGUUUUUCCUUUUCAAUCCAUUUUAAUCUUCCCCAUUCUACACCAUCCUUUAUUUAUGUUUAACUUGAACCUCUUUGUUGGUUCUCUUUUUACUAAAAAAAAGUACAUUUUUCUUGAGACAAAUUUUUGUUGCAAAAUAUUGACUUAAAAUGUUGAUAGAGAUCUUUCAAGCCACAACUGUCUAGUUUUAUCUAAAGCAACAAACUUUAAUAGUUUGCCAACUCACACAGGUACACAAAUCUUGUACUUGUAUUCCAAUCUAAAGGUUACCGUUGGAAAGAAAGAUUUGAAUGUCUGCCAACUGGCAUAUUCUGUAGCCAACUAGUGAGAUUCCUGUGAAGUUAUAGUUAGGUUGGAGGUGGAUGGAGGUGAAAGAAGUUGGGUUAAUGUGUAUUGUAAUUUCACAAAUCCCUGAAAGUUUGCACUGUGUUAUUUGUUUCACUGUAUGCCAGCCCAAAUUCUUCCCCAUAACAUGUGUCUUACGACUUCCAGAAGUUUUUUGCCUGAGGGUAGUGUAAAAGCAACAUUUUGUCAUUACUUACAUGACAACUGCUGUCACGUUAACACUGCAAGGGUAAAACUUUUUCUCUCAGAAUACCCUUGAUAAUGUAGAGCUCACAAAAUGUUGUUUCUUUUUGUUUCAUCUCUGAUGUCAAUUUUCCAUGUCAUUUUCCAGUGUCACCUUGUUUGUCUUGACAACCCCAUUUUUAAGCCUUGCUCAAUCUGUAUUUAUAUAUAUAUAAAGAAGUACCAGGUAAAAAACCCACUUAAUGGAUUGUUCUGAGGGAGGUUAACGUUUGGUUCAAAGAUUGUAUAGUAUGUUUAUUCCAUUAUUGUAUUGAGGAAGUGUAUCAUAUUCAUAAAUAUUUAGUGUAACUCAAGGAAACAAACCUUUCUAUUAUAACGUGAACAAUUUAGGAGUUUUAUAUCAAAGAAAACUAUUGUGACAUUCAUUGACUUAAAUUCUUAAUGUAUACUACAGCUCUUGAUGUAAAUAUUUUAUGGAUUAAGAUGACUAUAUGAUACUUGUAUAUUUUUACAGUUAAAGAAAAUCAAAAUCUGUUGUAGAUUUAUGCAACAUUGAAGGCUGUUCAGAUUUUGUGUACUGAGACUGGUUUAGAAUGUAUUGCAGAUCUUUUCUUUAUCUUGACUUUUGACCUACUUGUACUGGCUGGUUCAGUCUAAGUUCAGCAGUUAACACUGACACUGGUAAAAAAUAUGUGGAGUCUUGCAGACUGGCAGGUAAAUAAGGUGUUUACUCUAAAACUUCCCAAGUCUGUGGAUAGCUUUUAGUGAAUUUAUUUUUGCCACGACUCUGAGCAGCUUCUCUGGUUACUUAGCCCACCAAGUGAAACAUGUGAAAGAUGAGAAUGGCUACACGUGUGACCUCGGGCACCAAAUGGGAGGGGCUUCUACUAGGGCCUGCCAUCCUGGCCCCUAUGUGCUGCUACUACCAUUGCACUAUUAAACUUUACAGAAAAAUAAGAGACUGCCCAUUGGCUAUUCACAGCAGCAUUUCGUUUGUUUACCCGCCGGUAUGCAGUCUGUAUUUUGUUGCCACUGCCUUACAACUUUGUAAUAGACCCUUGCUGCAAACAGAAUCACACUUUCUGUGGCAUUUAAAAAUAAAGCUGACAAGAAAGUUGAUGGGAAGUGCUGGGUAACAUAUUUGAGGAUAUUUAUUAAGUGAACAAAUACAGG